UUGAGAGAUGGAAACAAAAGUUUAAAGAGAAAAAAACGGUCCACAAAUAAGAAAGAGAGAAAACAAACAUCACACAGAAAAAAUAGAGAUGGAGAUUAAGACAAAACUGCAUGUACAAGAUGAGGAGGAUGAGCAACCCCUUAGCCCGGCGGCACGUUUGUUCCACACACGGGAGUUUAACUUGAACAUCAUAUCGGUGAUUGGUUUAAAAAGUAAAAUCAACUCUGAUAUGAUUAUCAGAGGGUUUAAGGAAAGUUGUAUCAAGCAUCCUCGUUUCUCCAGUAGAUUGGUGUGCGAUGGGGAAAAUGGACAAAACCAAAGAUGGGUUCAGACAAACGUGGUCGUCCAGGAUCACAUCAUCGUUCCCAAAAUCCAACAGAAAAAGAUAGAGAACGCUGACGCCUUUCUAGAGGAAUAUGUUUCGGACGUCAUGAAGAUCCCUUUGGACACCUCAAGGCCGUUAUGGGAGCUUCACCUACUCGACUUGAAAACCUCAGAUGCUGAAACCGUUGCCGUUUUAAAGAUCCACCACUCGCUCGGUGAUGGCAUGUCAAUCAUGUCUCUCCUCCUCGCUUGUAUGCGUAAAACAUCGAACCCUGAUGAGCUACCGAGUCUCCCUACUGCAUCAUCUCGGUUAACUGCCGGUUCAAGGAGUAAUUCCAGGUUACGGUGGUUGGUUAAGGUUAUCUGUACCGCGGUUAUGUUGAUGUUAAACACGGUUUGUGACGCUUUGGAGUUUAUUUUAACGACAAUGUUCUUCAAGGACACCAAAACGCCCAUUAAAGGUGAUUUCCUAACAGUGAAGAAGAAUAAAGAGUUGCGUCUGGUUCAUCGUACCGUAAGCCUUGACGAUAUAAAGCUAAUCAAGAACGCCAUGAAGAUGACAGUCAACGAUGUUGUACUUGGAGUAACCCAAGCUGGCGUCUCGCGGUACUUGGAGAGAAGAUACGGAGAAGAAGAAAGUAACACGAGUGAUAAAAAAAUGCCUAAAAGAUCAAGGAUAAGGGCAGCUCUGCUUGUAAACUUAAGACCCACCAUUGGAAUCCAGGCAAGUUUGUACAAGCUCACUUACUUAUCUCAUUACAGGUUCAUAAUUCAUAUAUAG